AUGCGCUUUUCGACCGUUGCUUCUUUGGCAACCUUGGUGUGCGCGUCCACUGCACUACCAACCAGCAAUGUUGUGUUGGAAAAAAUUGAGAGUAGCCCACCUGGGUGGGUCGUGGACCAGUCAGCCAACAUUGACAGAGAUGCCACGACGAUUAUGCUGAAAAUCCAUCUCACGAAUCAAGGAAUGGACAAAUUCCACAAGCUGGCCAUAGACAUCGCGACCCCGGGUAACCCGCAAUACGGCAACCAUCUUGAUCACGAACAGAUCUUAGCGUUGAUCGGACCCAAGGAAGAGUCUGUAAGUCUGGUAAAGGAAUGGCUUCAGAGCGAGAUACCGAGCGACAAAAUCAGCGUGGCAGGCGAUUACCUCACCGUCGAAGGAACUGUAAACGCUAUCGAGAAGCUUUUGAAGACAACAUACAGCACUUACGUGAACGAGAAAACAAGUACGCGCGCCAUGCGAGCGCUCGAGUACAGUGUUCCUUCAGCGCUAGUUGGCCAUCUGGAUAUGAUCCAGCCUACCACAUACUUUGGCGUGAAGCAAUUUCGGUCUACUAUCUCUGAGCACCACACCAUAGAAGAGGAUAAAUCCUCUGUUGGAGCAGCACAGGCUGUGACUGGAUGUACCGGCUCCCGCAUCACACCUACCUGCCUGGCCAACUUGUAUAACUUCGCAAACGCGAAAAACCAGACAGCAGGACUUCUUGGAGUUGCAGGCUUUCUCGAGGAGAAUGCCAUCAAAACCGACUUCACUACAUUCCUCUCCAGUUAUGCAUACUUCAACAACAAAGGCAAAUCCUUUACAUGCACCGGGGUCAGCGGCAGUACUUGCCCGACAUCGCCUGCUGGUGUCGAGGCUAAUCUGGACGUUCAGUACGCGGGCAGCAUCUCAAGCUCCGUACCAAUGACCUACUACAGCACAGCUGGUCUUGGGCCGUAUUUAGGCAGCGGCAUCAACUUAAACGAACCGUACCUCGAGUUUUUGAACUACCUGCUGGCUCUUCCUGCAGCUUCGCUCCCCAACACACUCUCCAUCUCUUAUGGCGAUGACGAAGCCACUGUACCGCUAUCAUAUGCAACAAAUGCGUGCAACUUAUUCUCUCAACUCGGAGCCCGCGGUGUUUCCAUCCUCGUCUCUUCAGGUGACUCUGGCGUGGGUAACACUUGCCAGGUCAACGGCAAGCCCUCUUUCACGACCGCUUUCCCGGCAAGCUGCCCUUGGGUCACAACUGUCGGCGGGACUACAGGUAACUCCCCUGAGAGUGCUUGGUCAUCUGGCGGCGGCGGUUUCUCUGAAGUCUUUGGACGACCGACUUACCAGAAUACAACCGUCAACAAAUGGCUUGCAAGCGACAGCACCCACAGCGCUGUGGCAAAAUAUUUCAAUUCCACAGGCCGCGCCUAUCCAGAUAUCUCCGCCCAGGCUACCAACUUUAUUAUUGUGGCUAAUGGAUCCACAGGCGCUGUGACUGGUACAUCGUGCUCCGCACCGACCACUGCAGGUAUCUUCCAGCUUCUGAACAGUGCUCGAAUUGCUUCUGGGAAAAAGGGUCUUGGUUUUCUUAACCCUUGGCUAUACAACACUGCAAGCACUGGAUUUACAGACAUCAAGAAUGGCAAGAUCGGGGGAUGUAGCGGUGUUAUCUCUGGGGCAGGUUUCAGCGCUGUUACUGGGUGGGAUCCUGCAACAGGUCUCGGCACCCCCAAUUACGAGGCUUUGCUUGCCCUCGCGACGUCUACUGCCUGA